UCUCUGGUGAAGUGUCGCAAGGUGCAGCCGCACUCUGACGUCAGGCAAGUGGGCGCUAACGUCGCACGAGGGGUGGAAACUAUAACCAUUAGCUAAACAUAACCUAGCAGCUAGGCUAGCUACACUACAGGCAGCAUCAGCCGGUGAAGUAAGUUACUAUUUAAAGCUAACGGGAGGGCUUAAGUGUCAUUUUUGUUUGCUGCUGUGCCGUUUGGGAUAUUAAUUUUUAAAGCCCUGUUGUUGUGAGUGAAGUUAUCGCUUUUAAGAGAGUUCAGUCAGAGGCAGGUGUCUUUAUUUUAAUAAUUCUCACAAUCCCGCUGCUGUUUUUGGUGCAUCACGCUGUUUCGUCACUGGGUGCGCACCAUUUAACGCCGGCGCAUGCACCGGCUUCAAAGCGGUGCUAAUGCCUCACUACAGGAUGUUAAAGAUAUUCAUCUCGAUUUCGCUUGGUCUGGUGGAAGGUCAGGGUGAAACAUUUUUACGCCUGAAAACGUUUUUACCUCCAUUUUAAGGUAGAAACUCCUCACCGGUCGUCAUCGCUUUUGAACUGCUUUUGUGCCGGUGUGUAAAAAAGGAGCGUAGCGAUUCAUCAGCGAAGGGACGCGCUGUUCUCCAGCCGGUUUCUCCUCCUCCCUUUUCAUCCGGCUGAAGGAAACGUCAUUUUCCAUACUCGGGGAGCAAGUUACACAACCAGGCAGGCAUGCAAAACAGAAACACGUGUUGAUAGGCGGUGCUACGAAAUCGCGUAUUGCAACAAAAUCCGACCGCAUUCGGAAAGCAGCUGUGCUGCAGGUUGCAGUGGCUCUGAACUUUAACGUUGAAGAGUUUGCAUCGUUUGGAGAUGAGAGCGGAAUCAGCAUGUGUUUGCCUUACAGAGAGUACAAUGCGACGAACAUGAUCAGCGCCGAUGGCUUCUCAAAAUGCGAGCGUCCACAGAGAGUCGGCAGCCGGAGGAGGCCACCUGCAGAGAUGCUCCAUCUGCUGUCAGCUGUCAUUGUGUGGCUGGUGACCGGCACCACCAUCUCCAGCCUCAACAAAUGGAUCUUCGCAGUCUACAACUUCAGGUACCCCCUGCUGCUGUCAGCGCUGCACAUGCUCACAGCCAUAGUGGUGGACUAUGGGCUGAUCAAGCUGAGGGUGGUCCGCCACAGAGGCCCAGCCGAGCAGGACUUGACCCCCAGUGCAAAAUGUAAGGUGUUCCUGCUGAGUCUGACUUUUUGUGCUAGUAUCGCCUUUGGGAACGUGGGUCUGAACUAUGUGCAACUGUCGUUUGCGCAAAUGAUCUACACCACCACCCCGCUCUUCACCCUGGCCAUCUCGGCCCUGAUCCUGGGCCAGCAGCAUCACAUCCUCAAAUACACGGCCAUGAUGCCCAUCUGCCUGGGGGCGUCCUUCAGCAUCAUGGGAGAGGUCCAGUUCGACCAGACCGGCUGCUUCUUCGUGUUUGCAGCGACCAUGCUGAGGGGUGUCAAGUCCAUCCAGCAGAGUAUUCUGCUUCAGGAGGAGAAGAUCAACUCCGUGUUCCUGCUCUAUCUGAUGUCCAUUCCCAGCUUCCUCAUCCUGAUGGUGGCUGCUCUGGCCUUGGAGAACUGGGCCCUGCUGGAGUCCCCGCUGCAUUACGACCGUCACCUGUGGGUCUUCAUCCUGCUCAGCUGCCUGGGCUCGGUCAUGUACAACCUGGCCAGCUGCUGCGUCAUCACGCUCACCUCGGCCGUCACCCUGCACAUCCUGGGCAACCUGAACGUGGUGGGGAACUUGCUGCUGUCUCAGCUGCUGUUCGGCAGCGAGCUGUCCGCCCUCAGCUGCGCCGGGGCGGUGCUGACGCUCUCUGGCAUGCUCAUUUAUCAGAACUCGGAGUUCAUCGUCGGCUACCUGGACGCGCGGAGGGCCAAACCUGAGGGCUCUGAACAUUUGGAGUUUCCCGGUGCGACCGGAAAGGAUUCGUUCGAAGAAACUAAUUAUCAGCCGACUUUUGAUAAGAAACAGGAAGACAAAAUAGAUUAAAAUGAAAAUAUGAAGACUUGGUUGAACGAAACAUGCUGGAUACGCCGAAAUCUCUGCGUCGACAGGGGAGCAUGACCACAUUUUCUUCCUCCCUCCCUGUGCCAAUUCUGAUCACACAGCCUGCACAAGGAGAAAGACGCCUUCAUGUUCCCUGCUAGUGUUUCAUGUGUAAAGCUCUCCUGUCAGCCUGCAUGCACGAUGAGCACACUGAACUCAGACCUGAUGGAGAACUGAGCCUCUCACUCACUCUGCUUCACUGUGAAGACUCUGAGAUGAGUCUGGGGUAGCUUCUGCAGCGACGUUAAAGCGAUAGUUCAGAUUUUUAAGCAGAGUUCGGUGUAAUAAUUAUGAACAGUUAACAUCUUACCUGUUAUAGAUAGUGGAGGUGGGGGGGAUCCUCACUAUCUGCUCGUUUGUGGUCGUGUCGCUUCACGCCCAUACUGAAAGGUUUCAAGGGCUGGGCAAUAAAUCAAAAAUCAACAUGUAUAUCACCAUAAACAUGCGAUCAGUAUUAAUAGAAAAUACAUCCAUUAGAAUGUUGAUAAUUUCACUGAUUUUUGAUCCAGAACUGCACUGCAUUCUGGGGGAUGUAGUCAGAGGAAAAGGCUUUAGCCGCUCGACCGCUCACACCCCAGCUAACUUACUCACUCUUUGCUAAGCUAGCAACAACCUGCUGAGUAACUCGCAGCAGCAGUUUCAUGUUUCACCACUGUGCCUCAUAACUGCUUAAAUAUUAAAAAACACUGAUGUGGAGGGAAAGGAGGAAAUGAGCAACAGCUCAAGAGGAAAUUGUGAAUAAAAGAGGGAGGGUCAUGUCACCAGUUUGGCAGGAUUAAUCAGUCUUUUUUCCUCCUGGUCCUUAUGUCAAAUAAACAAAAACCAAUCAAUAAUUAUUGUUACCGACUGAUAUGAAACGCUUAUAUUUGAUACAUUUUUCAGCCAUAUCGCUCAGCCCAACAAGUAACUUAUUGUUGUUAAACUUCCUCUAAAAAAUCUGAACUAUCCCUUUAAGACUGGUUGGAGCUUAUAGAGCACUUUGCCCUGAAUUUGAAUGGGUGUAAUUUGUAAUAAGAUUUAUUUAUGAUACUGUUACCUGAAUGUCCCAUCAUGGUGAGGGACCGGGUUUUUAUGGCAGCUUCUUCUUUGUGUUUUAGGCUCAAAGCAUCAAACUGAUGCUGUUGGACUAAAACUUUGGUUUUACACUAAAAUUAGGAUGAACUAAGUGAGCAUUUCUGAGCAACCAGACAUCUCUUCUCCUCUACAGAAGCACGUUUUGAUAAAAGCUGAACACUUUCUCGUAGUUUUCUCACUGAAGGCCUAGAUUUUGUUCUAAUGCCGACCUAAAAAGGCGGGGCCUCAAAGGAUUUAUUCCAAUUUACGUAUUUGACAUUAGUGUGCUCUUUUUCUCGCAGCGCCACUGGUUAAUUAGUGUCAAGUUUCUCUAAGGAGCCUUUUUCCCUCUGUGGAGGAGAUAAAAAUGAAAGUUGAAAUGUCUCUUUCCGUUUGUGCCAAUGUCAGAUUUUUUUUAAAGUUGGCAAAUGUUUUCAGCAUAACUUUAAAGGACUAUAAAUGCUGGAGGUUUUUGUCCUCACUCGCAAUAAACUGUAUGUGUAAAUUAAAUCAGUUUUCAUUUCUCUCCCUUUAAAAAAACAAAACAAACCGAAGAAUUCAUGCUACUGAAAAUAUCUUUAUUUGUACCUCCGACAUGACCUCCAGCAUGUUUGGUUUGUCAAAUGUUUACUGUUUAUGCUUUUUUUAAAUGAUUUUUGCUGGUUUUCUUUGCGACCAUGGCUCACUUAGUUUUAGCUCUAAAUUGACAACACCACUACAAAUUAACAUUAAUACUUUUAUUUGAAUCCUACUGUAUUUUUAUUAUAAAGGUGCUGUUUACUAAGAUCUAAUGUAAAAAAAAAAUCACUGAUAAUGAGUAAAUCCAAGACCUUUUCCCCUAAAUUCCAAGUCCGUUGAGAAAUAAAGCUAAAUAAAUAAAUAAAUCAGGCUCUAGAUUCAACAAAGCCUAAUAUAAACCAGUGUUUUGACACUAAAAUCCCUCAGCUGUUUUAACAGUUCUUUAAUGCAGCUUACAGGUUCACUUAUAUCAAGAAAAAGAAGCAUUUCAUUUUUAUUUUAAUGCUGUGUUCUCACGAAAAACAUUAUUUGCUGUGUUUUUGUUGCACUGAUGUACAAGACGCCACUUUUAAACUCCUCUUCUGGUUUUGAUUGUUUGCCAUGCUUGUUGGAUGUAAAUAGUUAUUAUUUUAUUAUAAUUAUGUGUUUCCUUUCAUGGAUUGCUGGUAUGAAACUAUUCUGGUUCAACAGAGAAACUUUCGCAUCAUGCCUUAUUUGGACUUCCUGUAGAGAAGAAAAGUGUGAAUUAUUGGACUGGAACAACAAAUAAACAAAACCCAAGCACCUCAUCACCACAUUUAGAGCAUUUCUUUACCCGACACUUAUAAUUUCUGUAAAAAAAAUUAAUCUAUAAAUUAUGAUAUGAAGAGUACAAAACUUUGCAAAAAAACUACUUAGUAAACUCAUCAGUUUAACAAAUGAGCCUCUCGGUGUAAAAAUGGUGUUGAUUUAGUCGAUGCUCAUGAUGAAUAAUUCAGAGAAAUGUAAAAACCAGCAGUGAAAACCAUCUUUCAGCCAUUUUUAGCAGCACAACAUCAAAAACAUAAAAUAUUUUAGGAAUCGCUGCACAGAAAACAGAAUCAGAAACAGUUUGUCUGAUGUCACAAUGAUCUCACCACUAGGUGGAGCCAUUUAUCUGCUUUUUAAACUACUUUGUAAGCUCUGCCUCUAUAAAAGCUUUUUAUAAUAAACACUAACUAAUCUCUGCUGAA